UCUCGGCGUUCGGUGCAGGCACGCUGUCCAGCGCUCCCGCAAGUGAUCGGCUCCGACGACAGUCGAAAAGAUCGUGAUGCCAAAACAAGAGAGCGCGAGGAAGAGAUAGAAAGAAAGAAAGAGAGAGAGAGAGAGCGAGAGAGAGAGUGAGAGAGAGAGAGAAAGCAAGGAAGGAGUCGCAGCGAGAUAGCGAGAGCCAAGUACAGAGAAUCGACAAGGCAGGCGCGUGUCGCCGGGGGCGGGCGAUGACGAGCCUCAGUUGGCGCUUGGGCCUAGCUACAAUCGGCGCCCUUCUGCUUUGCAGUGCGAGUCCGGCCGCAGGUGGCGUGUGCUGGUCGAGCGUGAACAGUCUGGGCCGCUGCAAGGAGAUCCUAUCGCAGGGCGUGAGCCGCGAGCAGUGCUGCAGCGGCGCGAACGCGCCGCUCGCCAGCACCGCCUACAGCGACGAGGACUACGACAACGGGGCACUGUUCUUCUGGCAGGUGCUGGGCGGCGGCGUGGCCUGCGACUCGUGCCGCGUGUCCUGCGCGGGCGUCAGCUGCAGCCCCGGUAAGCAGUGUGUUCUUAGACGAGGUAUGCCCAAGUGCGUGUGUAGACCAUCGCCUCAAUGUCUCAAGCAGAGGCAGGAAUACGACGGCCCGGUCUGCGGCACCGACGCCAGGACCUACAGCGACGCGUGCAAACUGCACCGCCGCUCCUGCCGCAGCGGACAGCAGCGCGAGCUCGCUGUCGCCUACGGCGGACAGUGUCGCAGUUCGUGCCUGGGAGUGAGGUGCCGGCACGGGCGUAGCUGCCUGCUGGACCAGAACCUGUCGGCCCACUGCGUCAAGUGCUCGCGCAGGUGCGCGCUAAGCGCUAAGCAAGCGGCCCAGCUGAAGCCCGUCUGUGGCGUCGACGGCCAAACCUACAAGAGCGCCUGCCACCUGCGAGCGGCCGCCUGCCGGGCCGGCCGCGCCAUCGCCAUCGCCUACAGGGGCCCCUGCCGCGAGCAAGCCGACUGCCGGAGCAUCGAGUGCCGGGCGGGCCAGCUAUGCCUGACCGAGCCACGCACGGCCAGGCCCAGAUGCGUGAGCUGCCUGUACCGCUGCCCGCGCAACAGGGAGCUCGUGCAGCAGCGUAACCGGCACAAAAACCGCGACCACCAGGACUCCAGGCCGCCGGCGCUCUGCGCCAGCAACAACGUCACCUACCCGAGCUGGUGCCACAUCAUGAAGGACUCGUGCCUCACCGGCAUGGUCAUCGAGACCCGGCACGCCGGCCCCUGCCACGCCGACGACCCGCCGCCGAGUGCCGAGUGGAAGCCGAGUGGCAACGUCAGCCUAACGAUCAUCGACACCAAGGAGAGCGGCAGUACCAGCAAGCUCAAGUUAAAGAAGGACUUGAGAGCGAUCGUCGAGAAGAGUCAGCAGCAGCAGCAGCAGCAGCAGCAACAGCAACAACGCAAGCCAGCAUCUCUGGCCAAAAAGACGAAGAAGAAGCAGUAGUCUCCAUCGGUGUUGUAAUCGCGAUCGAUUCGCGACAUCCGAUCGCCGCGAUUUCUGCCACUCGCGCGACGACGCACUAUUUAUUCGAACCCCUCCCUACCCUCGCGUCACAGCUCGGCCGCGAGUCGGAAAUCGCAUUUUUCCCGCUUGUCGUUCCCGACGACCUUUCCAAGUUCGAGAGAUUCGGAGCACGGCUGAGGUGUGACGCGACGAGCACGCCGCGGGCUUAAAAAAAAACAAGAAAAAACAACAAAAAAAAAACAAAAAAACAACGUAUAUGUGUAGAAAAACGUAGACGUCUCAAGAAGAAAACAAUCGUAAUGUAGUAUAAUCUCUGUACUUAAUUUAUUUUAGUGUAUCAUGCUAAACGUACACCACCGGUGCUCGCAUUCACUCGUAUUCGAAAAUCCGCGCGCGACGAUUUCUUCGUUCUAGCGUUUAAGACAGAGACUGUAAAUGAAUCCGAUAAAUAAUUUGGUCGAGAAAGAAAGAGAGCGAGAGCGAGAGCAAGAGAGAGAGAGAGAGAGAGAGAGAAUGUGUGAUGGAUGCUGGAAAACAUAGACUGAGCUGAGGCGGAGAGCCAUGUACACGCACGUAUAUCUGCUGAGACGAUUUAUUAACGUUCCUAAGACAACCGUAAGUUCUUCUGUUUUUGACAACUAGCAAGCGAGCAAUUAUACAUAUACCCACAAGCGCACGCCACGAUAAGACGAGUAGUCAGUCUGCUAUUAAAUGGAUUAUUAACGAUAACAAAGUAAAACAAACGACACCUCCGUUUACCUGAAUCCUCGAUGACGAGUCGAGUAUAGUUAUUUAUUGAUAAGGCAGUCUGUAAUUGUUAUGAUACGACUAUUAUUAUGAUUACACUGACGAUUAUUAGAAUUAAAAUUUACCAAACGUUCAUGUGCAAUAUUUGAAGAGGAAAAAAAACUGCUUUUUUUAGACGUUUCACUGAAAAACUGAAAAAUCUGUUGAAUUUGGCAUGGAGUUUUUGAUUCUUUGUUUUUUUUCCACUUGCAGAAGUAAUGCGAACGACAAGACAAUCGAUCUUUUUAAAUAAAAAAAGAAGUGUGUAAUAUAUAAUCUAUUUUUUUAUUUGACUAUGUACGAAUGAUUUGAUCGUUUUUGCAUUAUUAAUCCGUAAAAAGAAAAUUAAAUGAGAAUCAUUGUUUUAAAAACGAUUGUAUAGAUAAAGAAGAAAAACUUAGUCUAUGUUUGAUUUUUCAAAUGGAAGAACAAACGUGUCAAUUAUAAUGGAAAAACAAGUGCUGACCUAACAGUAUUAUUAAUAUUUUUAUUAUUACAACUAUGACGAUUUAUUACUAUCGCUAUUACAAUUAUAUUUAUAUUACUACUAA